AUCAUCGUCGAGUCUCCGCGACAGUCGCGCUAGUCUCUCGACCGCUGCCGGAUCUCCAUUUUUGUUGUGGAGUCGAGAGACAUAUACUUCUAAUUUCUCCUCGCGAAGAACGAUCAUUUCACUCGUGUCGCCUUUCGCUACCACACCUGGUUAAGUGCAGUUAACUCGAUCAACUGAUUAUCGGAGCUGCGGUGUGUGUGCGCUUGGAAAAAAACGAUGGAUCAAUGACACGAUAGAGAUACAUGUCAGCCGCGAACUCCUCGUUCUUCGCAUCGGUGUAGAGAAUUUAUUCAAGAGACUCGCGAGGAGAUCAGCAUCAGAGCUGCGCAGCUGAAAAUAAUGCUGUUCCAGUGCAGCAAGAACAUCGAUGACAUCCUAGAAGCGAUUCGCAAAGGCGAAAAGAAGACCAUACAGGCAUGUGUCUCUCUCAAUACCCUACCCCCGGAAAGAGAGUGGAAAGGCGGCUACAAGGUCUUGAACGUAGCGCUCGCCUACAAGGAGUACGAGAUCGCCUCUAUCCUCCUUAACAAGGUGACCAGUGUAAACAAUGAGACUGGACGACCGGAGCGUACGCCCCUCCAUUACGCGGCUACCGACAACCGUACCGACUUGAUUCAACAACUGAUCGAGAAGGGGGCCGACGUGAACGCCAUCGACGAACACGACAUGUCACCUUUACACUACGCUGUCAUUCUCGACAAUUUUGAAACUGUUGCUCUUCUGAUGGACAACGGGGCAAGCGCCGAUAACGUUACCGAUCUCAUGUUCCGCUUCACGCCGUACCAGCACGCCUGCAGGGCCACCAAGUCCCAGAUCCUCGAGUGUUUUCUCGACCACGGCAGCAACGUCAACGACGUGUUCGAAUUGCCCGACAAUCUGAUCUGUCCGAAACGUUCGACGCCCCUGCACAUGGCGAUUACACAGAAGAACCUCGAGACCAUUAACCUCUUGCUCGAUCGCGACGCCGACGUCAAUCACGUGAACGAGAGCAAGGAGAGUUCCUUGCACCUGGCAUGUCGCGAGGACAGCGCCGAGGUGGUGAAAAUGCUGAUCGAGCACAAGGCCAAGAUCAACGUCAAGACGAAGGACAACAUCACGCCACUGCACAUCGCGGUGAGAAACGGUAACAUCGAAAUAGUCGAGUAUCUGUUGAUCUGUGGAGCUGCGACGGACUGCCAGAACAAGCAAGGCAAGAUCCCGCUGCAGCUGGCGGUGGAGCAGCGUCACGUGCAAAUCGUCGACCGUCUUUUGGAACGAGACCCAACCGCGGACUCGGUGAACAACAGGAAGGCCUUCAAGAAAGCCCUGCUGGAAUACGGGCUCCGCAGCGACAUCUACAAGUGCUUCGUCAGAAGGGGCUUCGUGCCGACGCCGGCGGAGAUCAGCGAGGUGGCGUUCGCUGCUGUGACGAAGGGCUACUUCCACAUCGUCGAGAGUCUGCUGGAAAUGAAAUGCGAAGACAAUCUGCUACUAUUCGCAGCUAGAAAUGACAUAGGCGACACUCUGUUGCACAGUGCUACGAAGACCCGGCAGCACGACAUCGUAAGACUGCUGAUAAGCAGAAAGGCUGACGUCCACGCGAUCAACAAUGAGGGCAACACGCCGAUCAUCUGCGCGAUUGAGAACAACGAUGAGCACAUCGUCAAGACAUUUCUCACCGAAGGUGUCGAGGCAGCACGCAGUUUUCCGCUGCUCUUGCACACUGUCAUACAGACCAAGCGGGAUAAAUCGAGAAGACUUCUGGAACUGAUACUGCAGCAGAGCGCUGCUGACGUGGACCAACGCGACGACGAGCUGGAAGGCUCGACCGCUCUUCACCUUGUCUGUAGGGAAGCCAUGAAGUGCGACGUCGAGCUGGCUGACCUCUUGCUGCGCAAAGGUGCAAACGUCAACGCGGCAACUAACCAAGGUACCACUGCUCUACACAUGGCGGCAUCACGCAAGGACGGCGAAUCCAUGCUUCGGACGCUUCUCCGUUUCGAUCCACAGCUCGACCUUCGCGACCACUGCGGCAACACACCUCUUCAUCUGGCCUGCAGCAACGCCUGUACGAAGAUUGUCGGCGUUCUGCUGGAUGCAGGCGCCAGUAUCAACGUCAAGGAUAAUCUAGGGAAGACGCCAGUUGACGUGGCAAUCGGCGUCAGCCAAAGUCUGCCGCCAAGACAAGAUGCUAACGAUGAGGCAGCGAACAUGCAUGCGGCUGAUGUAAACGAAUCCGUCAAGUUGCUGCAGGAACACGUUAUCAAACUGGACGUGGCAAAGCUUCGACUGAGUCAACAGAAUUGGCGUCAGGUAAUGGCUCAGUACGAGAACUACAGAAUCAUGUGCGAAAAUGAACUAGUCGAGCUAAAGAACUACGAGAUCAACAGCUACGUCAGCCUGCACGACGUCCUCAUGGGUAACGCGAAGAAGAUCGUUCGGUACACCCGCGAGGAAAAUGCCAAGAGUAGCCUCGAACUGAUGCUGUACACUCGCAAGUACCCUAUCUACGGGAACAUGAUUGACAAUAUGAAGAAGGUGGUGAUGCGAGAGUACGUGGUGCUCAAGGCCAAGGAAGCUAUCAACUCGCUGACGGGAUACGGUUUGCCGGACGCCUGCACCGAGAACAUAUUCGAGUACCUGAGGGUCAAGGAUAUGAGAAAUCUUACCUUGGCCUCGACCAUGCACCUCGACAGCGCCUAGGGAAUAUUCAGUCUGUUCGCGAGAAGAUGACAGGACAACAACGGGAUCAGAGAGUUCGCAAACGCCGAGGAGUUUAUACUGUACUUCCUGCAGAACUGAUGACAAGAUAGAUAUUUUGAACAAGGAGUUAAUUUUUAACACUGAUGACGCGUGUACAUAAGGCUGAGCGAGAGGUGUGAUUUUCAUGUACUUUAUCGAUCCCCUGGUAGCAGCGUUCCCGAGAAAGUACCUGAAAGCUACCGAGAGUUUUCAAAUCUAGCAGGUUUCCAGAGUAGAAUCUAGAUGAAAACCGCGAUAAAUCAGAAAUGAUUUCUGGAAGAAAUCUCGGUAGAAUUUUUCUCCACUAUUAUUUGUUCAUAUAACCUUACUUUUCACACCAAUGAUCCUGCUCUGCAUUAUCAUUAUUUGAAAAUAUUCAUAAAUUGAUGAAUAUAUAUACCCUAUAAAUUCAUCUAUAAUGUUUUUUGAAGGGGAAACAUGAUUUUUAAGGUGACAUUAAUAGUGAAAACCUAACCCUACACAUGCAUGCUCUCAUACAUGACGGUGUGUACAGCAUUGUGUACUAACUGACUUUGUAUUGUACAUGGAUGACACUUUUUACACAGUAAUUGUACUCGAAUAAUACAAAGUCAGUUAGUACACAAUGCUUGUACAUACUGUCAUAUAUGGCAGUCAUAUAUGACAGUAUGCAUGUGUAGGGUUAGAUUUUCACUCUUAAUGGGCACUUUUUGAAAAUCAUAUUUUCCCUUCAAAAUCAUUCUAGAUGAAUUAAUAGGCUAAAUAUUCAUCAUUCAACAUUGACUGAAACUGUGAAAACUGUAGUUCUGUCUGCUAUGCUAUUCUGCUGUAGAACAUAGCAGACAGCCUCUACAAUACGCGUCAUAUCCUUCUAGUAUGCCUGUGCCUGGCCUGAACCGUACGCGCAUGCGCAAAAAAUUAA